UUGGUAGAACUUAUCUACAAAAGCUGAAAGCUCUCCAAACGGGCGUCCUUUUCUGCAAAGUGGCGACAAUUUAACUUCCCCGAGCGGAGCAGGGUAUUUUAUGUCUAACAGGCGGUGAGGCCACCGUCCAUCUUCCCCAGUUUUCACUGCAGUUAGGAUCUUUGAGUCCAAAGGAAUCCAUGGCAAUGACCCUUGCGAAUUCUUUAAACCCCCAAACCCUCAACGCUUUCAAGCCUUAUCUUGUUGAAUCCCUUCCUCUAUUCUCCACUCAAAAGCCUCAAUUUCCCAAGGCCUCGCCUCGCAGCACAAGGCUCAAAACCUCAAAGGCUACUUCUUUAGUUCCUAUAAGCAGAGCUCAGACUUCUCCAGAUUAUUCGUCGGAUGUGAAGUUUUGUAAGGUUGAAGCCAUUAUAAGGCCAUGGAGAGUGCCGCAUGUUUCAUCGGGGCUGUUGAAAAUGGGAAUUCGAGGGGUGACGGUUUCUGAUGUUAAAGGAUUUGGGGCUCAAGGAGGGUCAACAGAGAGGCAUGGUGGAUCAGAGUUUUCAGAAGACAAAUUUGUAACUAAAGUUAAGAUGGAGAUAGUGGUGUCCAAGGACCAGGUUGAUGCAGUAAUUGAUAAAAUUAUUGAAGAAGCGAGAACUGGAGAAAUUGGUGAUGGCAAGAUAUUUGUUAUACCUGUUUCAGACAUAAUAAGAGUUCGUACAGGGGAGCGUGGGGACAAGGCUGAGAGGAUGACGGGAGGUCGUGCAGAUAUGAUCUCUUCUGCAUCAUCUAAUUAGAACAUAAUUUUUUUUUAAUGAAGAUCAACCCCUUUUAAGAACUUUAAACAUCAGAUGUAGCAACUUUUAUGUUAUUCAAUAAAGGGAGGAAAUAAAGUUCCUAUUCAAAGAUAGACACGUUUCAAAAUUCUGUUCCUCAGGACAAGUGUACCGAACUACCCAUCUAGCCGGGAAAUGGGAACUGCUUUUGACUACUGACGAGUUUAGACUUUAAA